UGCGGCCACCGGGACCAAACGGGCGGCAUGGCAGGAGGCGUGGACUGCGGAGAAGGGGCUCGCGCCCGGCAGCACGUGUUCCUAGUCCCACAGUAUUUAAAAGAUGCUUCAAAGAAGAUGAAAAGUGGGCUUAUGUUUGUAAAACUGGUUAACCCAUGUUCAGGGGAAGGAGCCAUUUACUUGUUCAAUAUGUGUCUACCGCAGCUGUUUGAAAUAGUUUUCAAGGAAAAAAACCAUUCUUGGUUUAUAAAUGAAUCAGUUCAAUCAGGAGUUCUUCUUCACUUUGCCACACCCAUGGACCCUCUGUUUCUGCUUCUCCACUACCUUAUAAAGGCUGAUAGAGAGGGAAAGUUUCAGCCCCUGGAUCAAGUUGUGAUGGAUGACAUGUUUCCGAAUUGCAUCUUGUUACUGAAACUUCCUGAACUUGAGAAGUUACUUCCACAUGUGGCAGAGGAGAAAGAAAUAGACAAGAAGAAAUAUUACAAGUACAGCAAAGAGAAGACAUUAAAAUGGCUGGAAAAAAAGGUUAAUCAGACUAUGGCAGCAUUAAAAACCAAUAAUGUAAAUGUCGGUGCCUGGGUACAGUCUACUGCAUUUUUCUCUGGUGACCCGGUUUCCAGUGACAAGGAAGAGGAUUAUAUUCGUUAUACCCAUGGUCUGAUAUUUGAUUACAUCCCUAAAGAAUUAAGUGAUGACUUAUCUAAAUAUUUAAAGCUUCCAGAACCUCCAGCUUCAGUGCCAAACCCUCCAUCAAAGAAAGUAAAGUUAUCAGAUGAGCCCGUAGAAGCAAAAGAAGAUUACACUAAGUUUAACACUAAAGAUUUGAAGACUGUAAAGAAAAACAGCAAAAUGACUGCAGCUCAGAAGGCUUUGGCUAAAGUUGACAAGAGUGGAAUGAAAAGUAUUGAUUCCUUCUUUGGUGCGAAACAUGUUAAAAAAAUUGGAAAGAUUUGA